GGGGGUUGGAGGAAGACGAGUUUCUCACGAAUCCUCUGGGCCACUUGGCAGUCUCCCCACCCCCACUGGUCCCUCAUGUUUCCAUCAACUGGCAGAAAACUAGAGCGUGGCCCCACGACGUCACACUGGGAGCACCAAGAGCUGGAUGAGAAAGAGCACUUCUCCUGCAGUGGGCAUUGGGGCCACCCCCAGUAAACCAGAUCUGAUGCUUUUGAAUCUUGUACCAACUCAGUCCGGAAUCUCAGGUCAAGCAACUUAGAAAGAGCUAAGAAAAGUGGAAGUCAUACUGGCUAGUCAGUCACAACACUGAGAAGACUUAGAAACUGCAAAGCCCCUCAGAGGUCCAGUGAUGUACACCACCCCAGCCCCUCCAGAGAUCACAAGAAGGAGCUCAGAGCCAAGCACUCAGCAGGGGACUCUUGGCAGCCUGGAAGGAGAGAAAGGCCACCUCCUCUUCCCUGGUUUUGUGGUGCUCGUGACCAUCUUCCUGGUUGUCAUAGUUACCUGUAUCCUGUGGAGCCGGAAGAAACAGAAGAAGCGGCGUGUUCCUUACCUCCAAGUAACUCCGUCACUGGCUCUGCCUCCACCCAGGCAGCGAGCCAAAAAUAUUUAUGACUUCUUGCCCCGGCAGCAGACAGAGCUGGGGAGACAUCAGUUGAGUGGUUUUAGUACCGAGAGCCUCCUCUCCAGAGCGUCCGACAGCCCUGAGCCUGAGGUCCCCCAAGCCAGUGGUUCCCUUCAGAAGCAUAGAGCAUCUGUUCAUGCCGUGGAGUACACAGUAGGCGUCUAUGACAAUGGUACAGUGGCCCAGAUGUGCGGGCCCUUGGCCUCCUCAGCACAUCGCGUAUGUGACGGAACUUCCAGAAAUAACAGCAUUUCUUCCAAGGAGUCAAAUGAUUAUGUCAAUAUCCCCACAGCGGAGGACACCAGUGAGACUCUGACUUGUACCAAAAGCACUCCUGAAAGUCACCUUGGUCUUCCAAGUGGCCAGCGGCUGGAAUUUGCUGAAGGAGGGCAUGCAGGCUGUGGGAAGGCCACCGAUCGCACCGGCGUGUGGGCUCCAGGACUCCAGGGUAGUAAUUCACUCAGCGAAGGAGACGAUUCAUCUCAGAGUUCAAACGACUAUGUCAAUAUGACAGGGUUGGAUCUUGAGGACAUCCAAGAGAGUCGACCCAGGGUCGCUUUUCAGUGCUGCAGAGAUUAUGAAAAUGUCCCGCCAGUAGUUGCCAAUGGAAGCCAGCUGCAGACUGUGGAAGAAGUGACAUCUUCAACCACAGACCGUGGAGAGCCUGCCCAGAGGACGCUACCUUCAGUGUAUCACAUGGCAUUUCGGCCGUCUGCAUGGAGUGAGGACGGUGCCAUGAUACCUGGAGAAGAGGCGUCAAAUGGGGACUCUAGUGACUAUGAGAAUGUGCUGGUCCCCGAGUUAGAAGGCAAGGACUGGAAACAGGGACCCGGUACUUGGCAUCCUUCUGAUGAAAGAACACCAAGUGACCAAGCUGGAAAGUUUUGUGAGGCAGUCUACCCUGCUGGGUCUUUAGCCACUGAAACAUCUGGUGAAGAGGUCUGAAUGCCCUAGCAUCAUGGGACUCACUUGGUUAGGUGAAGGGGGCCGAGAGGAAUGGGGCAGUAGCAGACUUCCCAAAAGCAAAAGUUUAGGAAGUCCAGAGAAUCCUUCCCGAGCAAGAUUGCUGUUAGCUCUCAGGUCAACAGAAGGAAGUGACACUAUCCUUCGGGAUGUUGGAGGGAAAAGUGUGAUGUGGUAGAAAAUCAUCACCUUUAAAAACUCCAGCUGCCUGCCGAGCCUGUGGCCCAGGCAGGCCAAAAGGAGGAGCGGUCUGGGGUAUGCCGGGUGAUUUCCACAUAAGAGCUGGCCAGAGUGUGGAGUUAUAGGGCCCCUGUCACCGCUGGUGGAUCGAGCUGUCCAUUUCACCCUUAGGGAUUAAAACUGUUUUUAAUGUAUACUGGAGUUGCACAAAUAAGAUAAUCUGUUGUAGAUAAGGAGGGGCAGGUUCCCUUUCAACUGUUUUUAUUUUAUUACCCUGGGCGAUAUAUGGCCAUUUUCUUUCUUUCUUUUCUUUAACUUUUGAUUCUCUGUGAAUUGCACAUCAUGCACCUCAAUCCCACUCAUCCUCCCCCCUUUCUAUCUGUCCUCCACCCUUGUGACCGCCCCCCAGCAAAAGAAGAGAAUAAAUAAAUAAAUAAGUAUAUAAAUAAA